AUGGCCGUUUACUGCAUCUCCUUGUCUGACAUGAAACUGAUGACCUCAACCUUAACCAGUGCCUGGAACCUGACCAAUGGAAGGACAUUGAUGAGUUUGGUUUGGCUUUCCAACAAAAGCAGUGACGCGAUGGCUGUCGAGGAAGAAGAUGUCGAUGAGGUCAUGGAGUUGCCAACAUUUGUGAGCCUGAUGCAAAACAGAUCUAUUAAAAGUCAACCAGGUGUGUUACCCGAGGGCUUGGGUCACCUCAAGGGUGAUUCCGAAAAUACCAUAAGCUCACUUCUAAUUGACCCGACUAAUAAUGGCUCCACGGCCUUCACUGAAGAAGCGUUUUCAAAGACUUCGACCAUGACUUUUAACCACACUGUAGUGGUACAUUGCAAAGAAUCGCCUUAUAUAGAAUGCUUUCCUCCAGCUCUGAAACCAAUUACCAACAACAUUUUUAAGAUUACAUUCGUAAGACGACCGGUAUGGCUCACAGAAGCUGCAAUGAAUUUGACAAAUUGCAAAUUCAAUCAAUGCACGAUUCAGAAGGACAACGACACCAGUGAUACAGACAUAGUGAUUAUCUACGGGGUGGGACUACAGGACAGCUACCCCGUGCCUCGUCGAACCACACCACACCAGCUCUUCGCCAUUUACCUCAUGGAGUCGCCUGUCCACACACAUGCCGGAUUUAUUCAAAAUGCAAGGUCUCCAUGGAACAACCAGAUCAACAUGUUAAUGUCGUACAGACUGGACGGAGACAUGUUUUAUCCCUACUACAAACUCAGGUUUAAUCCCAAACCUAUGGACCAGCGACCCAACUAUUAUGAGAUCGCUAGGAGAACAACGCGAACAGCGGUGUGGUUGGUUAGCAAUUGUAAGACUCCGUCCAGGAGGUCUCAGUACGUACAGGAAAUGCAGAAAUUCAUUGACGUUGAUAUAUUUGGAGGCUGCGGGACUCCUUGUAAAGGCAAAGUGUGCAACGACUGGACCACUAAAUAUAAAUUCUACCUGGCCUUCGAGAAUUCUCUAUGUACAGACUACGUCAGCGAGAAAUUCUUCAAGUUAUUUGAUCAAAAUACACAUGUGAUCCCAGUUGUCAGGGGCGGCGCUGAUUACGACAAACAUUUCCCUAACUUUACCUACGUCAACUCUGCUCACUUUAAAACGGCUAAAGAUUUGGCUCUUCACUUAAAACAUUUGGCUUCAGAUUUGGAAACCUACAGCAAGUACCUGGAGUAUAAAGAUCUGUAUUCACUAGUCCCCUUCAUGACAGCCGCUUGUAAAAUCUGCACUUUUUUACACACACACAGACUGCCUAAACCUUCACAGACUUACAAUUUAACAUCACGGCUAGGAGUUAAACAUUGUCGUAGUCCCACUGACUUGUCAUAG